GUCGAGCUGCCGCUCCGCCACUGUCGCCGGCGUCCGUCACCGUCGCCGCAUCCAGCCGCUGCCCCGGAUUGAUAUCGCCGGCAGAUUAACCUCCACGCCGGAUUGAUUGGUCGAUUUUGUAUUUUGACUCAAUUUGACCCGUUCGUUUGAUUUCGUUGAUUUGUCUUCCGUUCGAGCUAUCGAUUCGAUUUCGGCGUAAUCCAGGUCCGUACUAUGAAGUUAAUAGCGUUUAGAAUAGAUUUAAUGAAUGAGUCAAGAAUCGGCCCAUGGUCAGUACGUUCCGGAGCCGGAGCACGUGAGCGUGCACACGGUGAACACCGAGGGUUCGAGUUUCACGCCUCCGGGUGACGGAGGGCAACAACAGAAUCAACCUGAGCCAGCGGGACAGCCACCAGCUGUACCACAGCCAGUCGUACCACCUCCAGUGAUGCCACCGUUGGUGAUGCCACAGGUGGCCUACGAGCAGAUGUUCCCGGCCAUGAUGGCCCAUUAUAUGCAGCACAUGGCGCAGCUUAUGCCCAUGUUCCAGCCACCGCCGCCACUACAGCCGCAGCCGCGCAUCGUUACCUUCAAGACAUUGAAGGAUAAUGGAGCGGAAGAGUUUCGAGGAGACAAGAUGGGGGAGCCCCAGAUUGCAUUGGAUUGGCUUGAGCAGAUGGACCGGGUACUCAAGAAUUUGAGAGUCCCUGAUGCAGAUCGCUCGGAGUUGGCAUCACAGAUGUUUCGGAAGGGAGCAUAUGAUUGGUGGAAGCGCAUUGACCAGGAUCCACACACGCCCAAGCCAUGGACCUAGGAUCGCUUUGAUCGAGCUUUCACGAAGGAGUACGUCCCCACCCGGUACCGCGAGGAGAGGCGCGAUGAGUUCGUUGCACUUAAGCAGGAGGGGAUGUAA